AUGGAUCAGUCUGACCCAAGGUCAGGUCUCAAAGUAUCUUUCCAACUGGCAUGUCCUCCUCCGACUGGCCGUCACGCAAGACUCAGGAUUCGGCCAAGAUUAGUCUUCCAGCUUCAGCAAGUUUCCUUUACAACUCGUCCCAUUCCGGUGUUCAACGUCCUUCAUCUGGAUGUCUUUCCCCCGAGGAGUCAGGAGUUUCCUGUCAAAAAGGGACUUGGGUCUAAUGACCUGAUCGUGGUUAGAUGCGAGUCAUAUUCUCAUUUGGAAACUACGCGGCGGGGCUCGGUAGAGGAGGCUCCACGUGGUGAUACGCGCAGCGAACUGGUCGCGGUGAUUUAUCAGGGUCGUGGCUCGGUAAUAUACUUCAAGCAUGGACCCUCAUGGGAAGGGACUCGUCUCCAUGAUGGCAGCUACGAUUUUGUUGCACGAGAUCAGAACGGCCUUUUUUGGAUUGUCAGGUGGAUUUUACGCAACAAGGACGAGGCCGACACCUUGAACGAAUCGAAUGCGUCUCGGUCAGCUGCAGAAUCUGAAGAGAAACGAUUCACAUUCAGUAUAAUUAAACCUACAGUUCGUCGCCAUGUUGUGAUUGCUUCGAUGUCCCGAAUGAGCAUCCAUCUAGAUGAUCGGGCCUUUCACUCACCCGGCAAUCUUUCUUUGGCAUCUUCUUUACCACCGCCAUUUCAUGGUUCGAAAGGCUGUACAGAUGGUGCAGUCACCUUCGCUCAAUUAAGCCACAGUUGCACAGUCGCGUUCACUGAAGCCCUUGUUCUCUCCACGGACAAUCGACUUCUAAAUUCAUUACAGGUUACUUCCUUCCAAUCUAUUCGUGCUGCCCCACUCGUAUUCGUUCAAAUAUUCCCUAAAGCAGUAAUCAACUCAACGUCCGAUGGCCUUCACGGCGGAUGGCCUUUGCCACGCAGGCAGCAGUACAAGUCUAUGCAACAAUCUCGUCCUCUUCUCUUCUCUUCUCGUCUGCUGCAUCCCAUGGAUUUCACAUUCCACAAUGGAACGAAUGGAACAAAACCGUGGGUGGAGUUUUAUCCUUAUACCCCGUCGGACACGGCGGGCUACGCGUUUAUGGGAAUGUUCGGAGUUGCCACGGUGGCUCAUUUUGUGCUCAUGUUUCUAUUUCGUGCCGCCUACUUCAUCCCAUUAAUUAUUGGUGGAAUAUUAUAUAAUACUCCGUAUACUGAUUCUGGUCGCCGUCGGGUGCGGCUCUUUUUAUACAUCUGCGGAUUGCUAGCGAGUGUGGCUCUCAAGCUGAAAAAUGCCACGGCAAGGGAUCUUAGAUUCGCAGCGAAAAGCCCUCCAAGAGUGGUUUCAGCGUCAAUAUCCUCGCCCACGCCAAUCUACAGUCUCUGA